AUGGCCCCCAAUCCGCUGUGUCUCGUGUGGCGCGACCAGACAAUAGAUAACCUCCGUCUGAUCUCGGGCCGCAGCGCCGUCAUUGACAUCUACACAUCACGUCACCCCAACAAGUCGUUUACCAUCUACGCCGUCAAGGUCCACCGCGGCAAGCGUCAGGAGGUUCUCUCCGCGAUGGGCCGUGACCUCGAGGACGCCUUCGAGAGCCUCCACACAAAGUCUUCCCAGGAAGUGUACCAGUUCAUCGACGCCAACGGCUUUGCCUUCCCCCGCGGAGUCAAAUUCAUCUCAGGCCAUCACGAUGACGAAGGCUCUGAAACCUCUAGCAGCGAGGCGUCGACCGUCGGUACCUCCGACGUACUGUCCCUAUCCGCGGUCUCGUCAGACGGCGAAGAUGACAACGUCAGAAAGGGCAAGAAGACGAAACCUUGCUCCCGCCGCAAGAGCAAGCGCAAGUCGAAGAAGGAUUCCAGGCAUCACGAAUCCUCUUCAUCGUCCGGGGAGGAGGAGGAAGAGGAAGAGAGCGACUCUGGGCCCGAAAUCGCUACUCGGAGACGUCCCACUGCUGUACUUCCCGUCACGCGCCCAUCCCACAUCCCCGCAACGCACAUCCCGGGCUCGCAAUAUCCUCCCUUUCCUCCUCCAGGCUGGAGAGGUCCCCCGGCCCGUGUGCACCCACGCGCUCCCGCUGCUGGAAUGCCGCCCCCGGCCCCUACCUUCCCACCCGGUAUGCGCCCGCCUCAACAUCAUCAUGGCGUCGCCGCACCCGUCGUUCCGAGCGUUCCAACGGCGCCCUCCAAGCCCGUCCGCCUGGUUGUCAAGUGGCGCGGCCACGGCGAGAAGAAGAUCAUUGAGAGCUGCGCGCCGAGUCACCGGGCGCUGCAGCGGGCGGCGCUUGCCCACGUGCGGUCUCAGUGGCAGACUUUCGAGAACGUGGUCGCGCAGGAGAUGACUCCAGGACGGCUGUGGGGGCUGUGCGCCAAGGUGAGGCGCGUGGCGCUGGGCAAGGACAUGUACGCCAUAUCGGCAGCGGGAGGUGACGAUCUGGGCAUGUACUACAAGGUGGAGGAUAUUCCCAUGUUCGAGAUCGAUGUCGACCAUGAUGGGAGCAUCGUGCCACCUCCGCCACCCCCGCUGCCGCAACAUCUUCCUCAACAUUAG